GGAUAUAUAGCGGUGAGCCGGUGAUACUGCUGCCGCGACACCAAUCCUAACGAGGACAGGGUUGCUCACCUUGCUCCCGUGUGCCUGUAAGCGGCGAUGAUGGGAGGAGGGGCGGCGAUGGUGGAUCAGCGCAUGGCGCCGGCGGCGGAUGGCAUCCGCGAGAAGGGCUUCUUCGGGUUCGGAAGCGAGUGCUUCCUUGGGGAGGGCGACCUCGUGAACCCGGCGCCGGCGCCGGCGAGGGUGCACGAGGAGAGCUUCCCCGAUGACGAGAGCGACGACGACGUGGACGGCAUCGAGGAGCUGGAGCGCCGCAUGUGGCGCGACCGCGUGCGGCUCAGGCGCCUCAAGGAGCUGCAGCAGAGCGCGCGCGAGGCCGGAGGCGCCAAGGAGAGCGGCGGCGACGCGGCGAGGCAGCAGCGGAAGUGGCAGGCGCAGGGGCAGGCGCGGCGCAAGAAGAUGUCGCGCGCGCAGGAUGGGAUCCUCAAGUACAUGCUCAAGAUGAUGGAGGUGUGCAACGCGCAGGGGUUCGUCUACGGCAUCAUCCCGGAGAGUGGCAAGCCGGUGACCGGCGCGUCCGACAAUCUCCGCGCCUGGUGGAAGGAGAAGGUCCGCUUCGACCGCAACGGCCCCGCGGCCGUCGCGAAGUACCAGGCCGACAACGCCGCGCCGGGGGGCGGUAGCGAGAACGGAGGAGGCGCGGGAGCCGCGGCGCCGCACUCCUUGCACGAGCUGCAGGAUACCACGCUGGGGUCGCUGCUCUCGGCGCUCAUGCAGCACUGCGACCCGCCGCAGCGCCGGUACCCGCUCGAGAAGGGCGUACCGCCGCCGUGGUGGCCGUAUGGCACCGAGGCGUGGUGGCCAGAGGCCGGCGUGCCAGGGGAGCUCGGCUCGCCGCCGUACAAGAAGCCGCACGACCUCAAGAAGGCGUGGAAGGUCGCCGUGCUCACCGCCGUCAUCAAACACCUGUCCCCCGACGUCGACAAGGUCCGCCGCCUCGUGCGGCAGUCCAAGUGCCUGCAGGACAAGAUGACCGCCAGGGAGAUCGUCACGUGGCUCGCCGUGCUCAAGCAGGAGGAGGAAUUCUACCUCAAGCUGCACCCCGGCGCCCGCCCCCCACCGUCAUCCGCCGCACGCGCGCUCUCAUACAACUCCAGCUCCGGUGAGUACGACGUGGAUGGAGUCGACGAGGAGGAGGCCGGGAAUCAGAAACCAUCCUCCGCCGCAGCAGCGCUUGUGGACCUUACCAUGGACACUACAGGCAACAAGUUCGUCAUGCCAGCGGCGAUGAUGAAGGAAGAAACCGCCGACGCCGAGUUCCUCCAGAAGAGGAGGGCGCCGGCAGCCGUCGAGCCGGACCUGAUGCUGCACAACAGCGGCCGCGUGUACAUCUGCGACAACAGGAGCUGUGGGCGCGGCUUCCUCGACCGCAACGCGCGCAACGCCCACCAGUACACCUGCAAGUUUAACAGCCCCGCCGUGCCGCCGAGCGCUGCCGAGAACAAGCUGGUGCCACCCGUGUUCCCGUCGCCGUACGACCUUCCCGCCGACGGCCAGAGAUCGCUCGCCGAGCUGAUGAACAUGUACGAGGCCAACGUUGGCGCGCACAGGAGCCUAAGCAACGUCGGCGCCAUCGUCGCUCCGAGCGUGCACUUGCAGAUGGGUGGCACUUUUCUGGCGCCGUGCCUAUUUGGCGAUGUCAACGACGUGAUGAUGCAGCAGCAGCAGCAGCAGAGCACGCCGUUCGGAGGCGACAUCGCCAUUGCGUCGCCGGAGUUCAGGUUCAGUUCAGGCUUCAACGUGCCAGGAGGCGCCGCACACUAUGGCGGUGCAUUGCAGUUGCAGCAACCGCAGCCGCAGAAGUCCGUGGAAUCCAAUUGGUUCGACUGAGUACUGAAGAAUGGAUGAAGCUUGUUAGUUCUAGGACACUAGAAUUCACGAGCUCGAUCGUGAGUAAUUUUCAGUUCAUGGCGUCCUGUAUGGAUUAGUUAAUUCGAGCCUGUCGAUUUGUUUUGGUCCUGAUGUAACUGCAAAUGGCUCAUGCCAUUCAACCAUUAAACCUCUUCGUGGAAACUUCCAUCUGUAGCUCAAUUCUUUAGCUUAA